AUGGCUCUGUUCCUCAAAAUCACAGAGUGCUUACAUAGAGACAUUUUUUACAAUGAUGGGGAGGUUUUUAAAACAUCUCCAUGUCAGACCUGCACCUGCAGACAAGGCAGUGUUGCAUGCUUUAGACAAGAGUGCCCUGCAGUGACUUGUGAGAACCCUGUCACACCUCGGGGACAGUGCUGUCCAGCUUGUGAUUUAGGUACUCCUUUGUUCCAUUUAGUUCUAAAUUAA